UAGUUGUGUAGGAGGAGCUCCAUAGAAACCCGUGUCAGUGCACACUAAGGGUGUGAUCUCCUUUCUGUUUCAGAUGUCAGAGUCUCAGAACCGAUAGCAACAGUCUCUCAAGCCAUGGACAUCAUAGAUCCCAUCUUGGGCAUAGCGGAGAAGCUUUACUCUCUAUGUGGUGAAGUGAAAGCCAAUAAGAAGCGCUGUCAGCGUUUGGCCCAGCGCAUAAAAGCCUUGGAAGAGCUGGUGAGAGCAGUUAAGGUGAAGGGACUGGGGCAAAAGCUUGUUCCUGUGGAGAAUGGCCUAUACGAGCUCAAACUCACCCUGGAAUAUGCCCAGGACGUGGUUAAGAAAUACUCCUGCACCAGCUACCUGAAGCGCAUCCUGAAGGCCUACGACCAAGGAGAUGAUUUUGGGAGUUUAAAUGAGCGGCUGAAUGAUGUGGCUCAGGUGCUGUCGCUAGCCCUGCAGGUGGAUCAGAGGAACAAGCUACUUCUGGUGUUUCGAGAGGCGACACGACGGAGAGAGGAUGAGGCUGACAGGGAGAGUGAUCGUCUGGAGCUGCAGAAAUUGCUACAGUCUCUGGCGGAGGACACGAAGGAAAGUGUGGGCGCAGUGCGUGAGAAAGUCGACUCCACCGAAAAAGAUGUGAAAGACAUCAAAGCCAUGUUGGAAACCUUAAUGAAGCCCAGUAUUUUUAAUCAAGACAUCCGAGAGAUCAAGCCAGAGGAGCUGAUCUACGACGUGCCCAAAGAGCCCUUCAUCAAAAAUGACAACUCAGAGAUAUUCAAAGGAGAGUACAACAAAUUCCCAGUGGCCAUCAAAAGAUACACCUACUCAAGGAGCACAAGCAUGAGUCAAGUGAGAAGCAUCUUUAAAAAGGAAGUGGAGACUAUGAAACGCUUUGAGUCACCAAACAUCUUGCGAAUGUUUGGGAUCUGUGUCCAGGACGAGAGUGGACCCAAUCCAAACUUCCUCAUUGUCAUGGAGUUUUGUGAGAAGGGCAGUCUGAGAGAGGUGCUGGCUUCCCAAAGCAACCUGCUCUGGGACAGAAAGGCUCGCAUGAGUCUGGACGCAGCACAGGGUCUCUACAGAUUGCACCAGUCUGAGGAGAAGUUUAAAGUGCAUGGAUGCAUCAACAGCAGCAAGUUCCUGGUAGAUACCGGGUACAGAGUGAAGCUGGGAGGUUUUGAGCUGGCCAAAACAGAGACGUCAUUGAAGAGGACUAAGGACAGCAAUCGAAGCUCUUUCUGCUACAGCUCCCCUCAGCAGCUUGAGAAUAUUAACCAUAAAUACAACAAGGAAUGUGAGAUGUACAGUUUUGGUAUUGUCCUUUGGGAGAUUGCAACCUGCAAGAUUCCUUUCAGAGACUGCUCAGACAAAGAGGUGUAUCAGAGGGUGUGUGAAGACAAAUAUACUGAACCUCUUCCUGAAGGUUGCCCUAAACAGUUGGGAGAACUGAUCAACGACUGUCGCUCCUACGACAGCUUCCAAAGGCCAACGGCUGGAGUGUUGGUUGACAAGCUCCGCAAAGUGGUGGAGAAGUUAGAGGAGGACUAACAAACAGGUUUCCAUCUCCAGUUCUCAGAAAAGAGGAAAACCAAGAGCGGUUAUCAACCCCAGGUCAAAGGAAGACCAAUUUACUGUCUCAAAUUCUUUAUGAGAUAAACAACACCCACACCACACCGACAGACGGUUGAUCAAAUGCCUGUGACAUAUUGUGAAGGAAGGAAUGUCUAUAUCUCUCAAUGGACAAUUUAGCAUAAUGGAAUGCAUUUUCACUAUAAGCAUUAUUCAGGAAUAACUUUGAUUGAAACUAUUUGCAAUUGAUCUGACCAUUAAAGCACCACCAUAUUUUUUUUCUGCUGGCACAACUCUUUGAAAAAUAAAAUAUAAUAAAGCCA